AUGAUGGUGGUGAUGAACGGAGAGCGGCAACAGGAAUACAUCAUCUGUGAAAAUUUCAACUAUCUAGCUAUCACGGUUCAUGAGAUACAGCCUGGUGACAGACAGACGGACGGAGAGCGGAGUCUGAGUAAUAUUCCUUUGGGUAUGGAUUUUCUUUUUUGCCUGGGAAAUGCUUUAUUUAAGCAUCCUUUAACCACCGAGGGAGCGAGAAAAAGCCAAACUGGCUUGUUUGACCUUUGUCGAAUCUUCAUCAACAUGUUUUCUGAAAGCAGCGGUCCUCUUAUAGAGGAUGCACUAUUGAACGACCGACUUCUGUACGAAUAUUCGCCGGCAGAGAGCCUUGUCAACUUCGAACUGCCGCAAUCUAUCAACACGGAAACCUUCGACUGGCAGCUCAGUGACUUAGAUUUACAAUGUGACACUUUUGUGAGUGAUAUUAGCGACAUAAACAAGGACGAUUUCAAUUUAUCGAAUUGUUCUCCUGGAUUCGAUUUCACAGACUUGGACAACAGCAUCAUAGACGAAUACUUACUGGAAGCUUUGAGCAGCGACUUAUCAAAUGAUACUCCACAUUCGAGCUCGGAGUCGACUGACUCGAAUGAUCCCUCGUACGUGCUGGAAGCCCACGACUACGUCGCAUCAUCAGAUAGAUACUGGGACCGCGGAGAACGAUUGGCCGAAGACAUAGAGAAGGCGAACUUGAAGGUGCGAUCGUGGGGAGAGCCGAAGUUUCUGCCGGAGCUGGGAGCAUUCCGUUGUCCAGUAGAGGAGUGUGGAAAACUGUACGCCAAGGCGUCGCACGUUCGAGCGCAUUUACGACGGCACAGUGGCGAGAAGCCCUACCGCUGUACAUGGGGAGACUGUUCGUGGCGGUUUGCGAGAUCGGAUGAGCUGGCCCGACAUAGACGCAGCCACUCAGGCGAUAAGCCGUAUGCAUGCAGAGAGUGUGGAAAGCGUUUCGCGCGCUCGGAUCAUCUGGCUAAGCACGGACGCGUGCACGCGCGCAGAGCAGCCGCUGCUCGCCGAGUUGCGGGGGCAGCCCCCGCCGCAAUACAUACUCAUCGGUCAAAGAGACUUUUGUGA